AUGAAAAGAAAGGCGGAAGGAUCGUCGUCUGACGGCAAGAAGCCGAUCAUCAAGCGGGCUAAGAGCUCGCUGUCCCCGGAGGAUGCCAAAGCCCGCUUCAGUAAGGGCCUGUUCGACAGGGCCGAUGAAUUCGCUGCGCAGUAUGCCAAGUCGUGGCCGUACAAGCACUGCGUCAUCUCGGAACUGGUCGACGAUGCGCUGUUGCGCAAGGUGCGCGAUGAGAUCAAGGCCAACGUCCACUUCACUCCCAAGGAGACCGACAUCUACAAGAUCCACCAGAGCGGCGAUCUAGCCAACCUGGACGGCCUUGAGGAUGAGGCCCUUGCCAAGCUGCCGUCGCUGCUCGCUCUGCGCGAUGCCCUCUACUCCAAGACCUUCCGCGACUUCGUCUCUCACAUCACCGGCUGCGGCCCCCUGAGCGGCCGUAAGACCGACAUGGCCAUUAACGUCUAUACCCCUGGCUGUUACCUCCUGUGUCAUGACGAUGUCAUCGGCUCUCGCAAGGUCAGCUACAUCCUGUACCUGACUGAUCCAGAGACUCCCUGGCAGCCUGAAUGGGGUGGUGCCCUGCGCCUAUUCCCUGUCAUCGAUCGUGAGGGAAAGGACGGCGAGGUGGCCAAGACCCCGCUGCCCGACGUCGUCAAGGUCAUUCCCCCUGCGUGGAACCAGCUCUCUUUCUUCGCCGUUCAGCCUGGCGAGUCUUUCCAUGAUGUCGAGGAGGUCUAUCAUGCCUCCACACCGGAGGAGCUGGAGAAGAAUGCGGGCCGUAUCCGCAUGGCCAUCAGCGGGUGGUUCCACUUCCCCCAGCCCGGCGAGGAGGGCUACGUAGAGGGUGCUGAGGAGAAGGCUGCCCACAAGAGCGGAUUGAUGCAACUGCAGGGCAACCCUGACCAGCACGACCGUCCGCUACCCAACCCCGUUGAGGUCGAGAAGAUUGUCGCCAAGGAAGGUGAUGACUUCCCGUUGGAUGAGGCCGACCUGGAGUUCCUGCUCAAGUACAUCUCACCGACAUACUUGGUACCCGAUACCAUCGACAACAUCGCCGACCAGUUCGAGGAGGAGUUCAGCAUCACGCUGGCCGAUAUCCUGCAUCCCAAGUUCGCAGCCAAGCUCCGCAAGUACAUCGAGGAGCAGGAGGCCAAGCCGCUGCCUGAAGACAGUGAGAAGCUCGAAAAGACCGGCCCGUGGAAGGUCGCCGUGCCGCCGCACAAGCACCGCUACCUUUACAUGCAGCCUGGUAAGCAGGAAAUCGAACCCUCGCCGCUCAAGGAGCUGCUUGAGGUGCUGCUGCCGUCACGGCAGUUCCGCGUGUGGCUGCAGAUGGCGACGCGCUCGACGAUCGAGAGCUACGACCUGGUAGCUCGCCGGUUCCGCCGCGGCCAGGACUACACCUUGGCUACCGGCCACGAGGGAAAGCCGAGAUUGGAGGUCAACAUCGGCCUGACGCCCACCGACGGCUGGGGCGAUGUCAAUGAUGACGAGGAUGACGAUGAGGAGGGCGAGUCGUCUGAGGAGGAGCAGGCUAGCAGCAGCAAGAAGGGCAAGGAGCCUGCAACGAACGGGAAGGGCAAAGGCAAGGCUAAGGCCGUGGAUGCCGAUGGCGACGAUGAAAUGAAGGAUGUCGAUGACAUCGUCGAGCUCGAAGUCGGCGGACAUGAGGUGUAUAUGGCGGGCGACGAGGAUGAUGACGGUGAUGCUGCCAUCUACAAGAGCAGCGAGGAUGAUGACAACAUCCUCUUCUUCCAGGCGGCGACGUGGAACAAAAUGACCAUCGUGCUACGCGACAGUGGCACGCUCCGCUUCGUCAAAUAUGUCAGCCGCAGCGCCAAGGGCGACCGCUGGGACAUCAGCGCCACAUUCGAGAUCGAGGAGCAGGAUGAGGCGCCCGGGUCCGAUGAGGAGGUGGAGGCUGGGCCUUCGAAGGCAGGUAAUGAUGAUUCGGAGGAGGAAUUCCAGGGUUUUUCGGAUAAUGAUAUGGGUGAUGAGUCGGACUAA